CCAGUUCCUGCGGAGGGUCCCCGGGGAGAAGGUGGCGCGCAACGAGUGGAGGGAAGGCGCCCGGGAGCCGGAGCGGGCGCGGGAGCUGUGGGCCCGAUGGGAAAACUGAUUAUCAGAAAGUCACAGAAGACCAUCAAAGGGAUGUGCCUCCCCCAUCAAAGGGGGAAAAUGGUUUCAGAAUGUCUUUUAAAGGAACAGUGUGAAAGAACAAAUAUUUAAUGAACUAUCUAAAAGAGAAAACACUCUUUUUAGAGCAUCUCCUGGUCCCAUCAGAAAUGUCUUCCUCAAGUGGGAAAGUCCAAACUGUUCUGGGCCUUGUGGAACCAAGCAAACUGGGCCGCACCCUGACCCACGAACAUUUGACUAUGUCUUUUGACUGCUCUUACUACCCACCUCCUCCGUGCCAUGAAGUGAUCUCCAACGAACCUAUUACAAUGAAAAAUUUAUUUUGGAUCCAGAAAAACCCUUAUUCCCAUAGAGAGAAUCUGCAGUUGAAUCAGGAGACGGAAGCCAUCAAGGAAGAACUGUUGGAUUUUAAAGCCAAAGGUGGAGGAGCUUUGGUGGAAAAUACAACCACUGGGAUCAGCCGAGAUGUGCAGACCUUGAAGCGGCUUGCAGAAGAGACUGGCGUCCACAUCAUAUCCGGAGCUGGGUUUUAUGUGGAUGCAACGCACUCUUCAGAGACCAGAGCCAUGUCAUUGGAGCAGCUUACUGAUGUCCUUGUUAAUGAAAUUCUCCACGGAGCUGAUGGAACCAGUAUCAAGUGUGGCGUUAUUGGGGAAAUUGGUUGCUCCUGGCCUCUGACUGAGAGUGAAAGAAAGGUUCUGCAGGCAACAGCUCACGCUCAGACUCAGCUUGGCUGUCCUGUUAUUAUUCACCCGGGAAGGAAUCCAAGUGCACCAUUUCAGAUUAUCCGAGUUCUGCAAGAAGCUGGAGCGGACAUCUCCAAAACAGUUAUGUCACACCUUGACAGGACUCUCCUUGACAAGAGGGAACUACUGGAGUUUGCUCAACUUGGCUGUUACUUGGAAUAUGAUCUCUUUGGUACUGAACUUUUCCAUUAUCAAUUCAACCCGGAUAUUGACAUGCCGAAUGAUAAUAAAAGAAUUAAAAGGGUACGUCUUCUGGUGGAUGAGGGCUAUGAAGAUCGAAUUCUGAUGGCACAUGACAUACAUACGAAGCAUCGGCUGACGAAAUACGGAGGUCACGGCUAUUCUCAUAUACUUACCAACAUUGUUCCUAAAAUGUUGUUUAGAGGUAUAACUGAGGCUGCACUUGAUAAGAUACUGAUAGAGAACCCCAAGCAAUGGCUAACUUUCAAAUAGGCUGGUGGUUCUGAAUUCAUACCUUGAGUAUAAAGCUUGCAGGCAACAGACAGUGAUUUCAAACCCACUGUGAGAUAUUAAUCAGAGCUACAUUGGACUGACAGAGCAUUUCCUUCUUACGAGAAUUAGAAGACUUUUGCCUUCUCAGAAACUGGCUAUUACAUCUGUACCUUUAGGGAGUUACUGAGCCUAAUUAAGCCCUAUUGUUUUUCCUUAACAAAAUAAAGACAAAAGGACCCAUAUCCAAACAAUGAUUUACAGUCUACGUCCCCUUAGUGGAGUUUUGCUUCCUUUUGUUUUGUUUUCUUAAUCUAUCACCAGCACUCCAUGAGAAAAUUUAAAGUGUUUCUAGUUAAAUUACCCCUUUUUGGAGCUAUCCAAUGUUUCUUGUAAUAUUGAUGAUUCUACUAAUUAUCCUGCUGUUCUUUAAUUAAUGCUUAAUGAAUAAUAUGGCACUUCAAAAUAGCUUCUGCAGCAAGGGAAGUUAAAUUGUGAGACUUUUUUCAAAGGAUACUGUAAUAUAAUUACCAAUUCACAAUGGUAAAAAUAUUGUGGAAGGUUAAUUAUAUGCCGUUCACCUAUCUAUAUAUACUGAUAAUAAAUCAGUUUUGUUGCCUGUG